GACAGAGAGAAUUAAAGCAGUUAUAAUAUUAACAAUGGAGGGUUUUCUGAAGAUCUUGGGUGUGGCAAAGCCCUAUGUGGGUGUUGUUUUUGUGCAAUUUGGGUAUGCUGGAAUGGCCAUUCUUGCAAAGUCAGCUCUCGACCAAGGCAUGAGCCAACAUGUCUUCGUCGUUUAUCGACACGCUGUGGCUACUCUUCUCAUUGCCCCUUUCGCCAUCGUCUUCGAUAGGAAAGUGAGGACGAAGAUGACAUUUUCGCUAUUCAUGAAGAUUGUGAUGCUCGGUUUAUUAGAGCCGGUGAUCGAUCAGAACUUGUACUAUACCGGUAUGAAGUUGACAACAGCAACCUUUACAGCUGCCAUGUGCAAUAUUUUACCAGCUUUUGCUUUCCUCAUGGCUUGGGCUUGCAGGCUUGAGAAAGUGAAUAUUUUGAAAAUGGGAAGCCAAGCAAAAAUCUUAGGGACCAUAGUGACAGUAGGAGGAGCCAUGGUUAUGACCUUCAUAAGAGGUCCCAUGUUGAAUCUGCCAUGGACAAGCCACAACCAGCUCUCUGCUUCUUCUUCAAGUGCUUCUGCUGCAAUUCACCAAGACCCUCUAAAGGGCUCCCUCAUUAUUGCAUCUGGCUGCAUUUGCUGGUCAGCUUUCAUCAUUCUCCAGGCUAUUACGCUGAAAGCGUACCCCGCGGAGAUGUCGCUCACGGCGUUGAUAUGCUUGGUGGGAACCAUUGGAGGCUCUGUGGUGGCUUUGGUCAUGGACAGGGGGAACCCUGCUGCUUGGUCUUUGCACUUUGACAGCCAACUUCUGGCUAUUGUUUAUUCUGGAAUAAUAUGUUCAGGGGUAACUUAUUACAUUCAAGGAGUGGUGAUGCAGACAAAAGGACCUGUUUUUGUCACUGCAUUCAGUCCUCUGAGCAUGAUUUUAGUUGCAAUUAUGAGCUCCUUCAUCCUAUCUGAGAUAAUGUUCUUGGGCAGGGUUAUUGGGGCAGUAGCCAUUAUCGCUGGCUUGUACCUGGUUUUGUGGGGACAAAGCAAAGAUCAGCUUUCAGUUAAAUCCGGCUGUGAUAAGGUAACACCUUGUGAGCAACAGAUGACUGGAAAGGAUGAGGCUUCGACGACCACGAUGGUUCAACCGAGUCGAGAGUUCCUGGUGCUUGAUGUUGAUAAAGAGACAAAUUGAUGAAUUCGGUUGAGUACCUGUGAUUCUCCUCGCAUCUGUUAAUAUGAGCAAGUCGAACGCGGUUAUAAGUACCCUGCAUUUUCAUCUCAACCAAAAUGUAUUUGUAAUUUUUGCAUUUGAAGGCGGCCUAUAUAUUAUAUAAUAAUAGUUUCUGUUUUUGUUGGAACCAAAGCUCCUGGAAAAGAUGGAUGUUUCAGACUAUUCUAUUGUGCUGAAAUGCUUCAAUACAAUUCUGCCAAGAGGGAAUAAAAUCAAGAACAAAAUGUAACAUGAAAGGAAAAGCAGAGGGCAUUCUGUGCAAUGGACACUUGUGAUCAAAUUGAUGUCUUUGUAAGUCGGCAGGUUGCUGACCGACCUGGCCGAAUAACGCCUUCACCAAACGCCACUCAUCCAUAUCAUCUUUGAGAGCAACUACUGGUUUACAAUAUACUCACUUUAGCAAUGUUUUGGUUACAAAUCCAUCCUGUGAAUAAAUACCCUGGUGGGUAUAUCUUUGAGGUCUA